UUUAAGUCCAUGAAUUGGAAUAAUAAUGAGACAUUUUUGUGUCAAAGUUCAGAUCUUUCCCCCGAAAAAAACAGAGAGAAAAAAAAAAUAAUGUCGAAAUCGCCAUGGGGCAAAAUCGGAAACUGGGCCGCUGAGGCCGAGCGCGCGGAGGCCGAGGAGCGGGAGGCUGCGGAGAAAGCCGCCGCCUCGAAGCCUCCGUCGAGUUUCCCCAGCCUGAAGGAGUCCGUGACGACGGCGAAGCAGAAGAAGACGAAGAAGAUGUCCCUGCAGGAGUUCACGAUGAAGCCGUCUUCCACCCAUUCGGGCUCGGCCUCGAGCCGCGGUCUGACGCCGGAGGAAAUUCUCCGCCUCCCGACCGGCCCCAAGGAGCGGUCCCCCGACGAAAUGCAACACGGAAGAUUGGGCGGCGGGUUCAGUAAUUACGGGUCUCGCCCCGGAUCCGGAGGCCCCAACACCGGUCGUCCGCGUGAGUACGACGGCCGGAGGUCGUACGGUUUCGACGAUGACAAUCGCAGGCCCCCCCCGCCGGAAUCUAGGGUUUCUGAUUUGAAUCAACCUUCUCGAGCUGACGAGGUUGAUAAUUGGGCUUCGACGAAGAAGCAAACCCUACCCGAUUACGAUUCGCGUCAGGAUAGACCCGGCGGAAGGUACAGCUCGCUCGGCGGAGGCGGGGGCCCAGGCGGCGGAUCGCGGGCCGACGAGGUGGACAACUGGGCCUCUGUCAAAAAGCAUUUCCCACAAACGCAGCCGGCUAGAUCUUCGGGCUUCGGAUCAGGAUUCUCCAGGCCCGAGUCUGAUCGUUGGGCUCGCAAUGAACAGGCCUUUGGGUCGGGAUUCCCGAGACCCGAGCAAGAUCGUUGGACGCGUAAUGAGCAGAGAUCGGCUUCAGACACUGACGCUACAAAGUACGAAAUUGAUGUGGGCCCAAAAGUCAACAAGCCAAAUCCGUUUGGGGCGGCCCGGCCCAGGGAAGAGGUCUUGGCCGAGAAAGGUUUGGAUUGGAAAAAGCUGGAUUUGGAGGUCGAAAUGAAGAAUCAGUCUUCAGUUAGUGGUGGGAGCCGGCCCAUGAGCUCGCACUCGAGCAGGCCCGGGAGCCAGCAAUCGAGCAGGUCAGAUGUGCCUAUGGCUUUGGGGGGUGAAGAGGUAGUUAAGGAAAGACCAAAAGUGAAUCCUUUUGGGAAUGCUAAGCCUAGAGAAGUCUUGCUCGAGGAAAAGGGUUUGGAUUGGAAAAAAAUAGAUCUUGAGCUGGAUAAUAGACGGGUCGAAAGGCCCGAAACAGAGGAAGAAAAGAAUCUCAAGGAACAAAUCGAACACCUGAAAAACGAACUUCUGAAAAAUCCCGUCGAAGACCAAACCGCCAAACACGAUCUGAUAUCUCAAAAGGAACGUGAUUUGGAGCUGCUCGUCCGCCAGCUGGACGACAAAGUCCAUUACAGUCAAAAGAUAUUCGAAAGGAAAAUUUCUAGACCGGGAUCACAAGAUGGGCAAUCUAGACCACCUUCUGUGCAUGGAAAAUACGAAGAACCCAAUAGACCACCUUCUCAGCCAGGUUCUUAUGACAAUUCUAGAGAGAGAAAUUUUUCGAGACAGGGAGCUUAUGAGGAGCCUAGGCUCGGGUUUAGGCAUGGAGGAUUUGAGGACCCUAGAGGUUCGGAGUACAAUGAGAGGCCACGGUCUCGUGGGACCGGGAAUGACAGAAGAUCAUUUGGGGGGAGAGGAUUUGCUGGCAGCCGAGAGAUAGACAGUAGUUGGUUCGAUUUCUCGUAUUCUUCCGAAGGACUUCGUAGUGCAAAAGUUGCAAAUAACAAACUCUACUCUGCGUUGGGCCAUUUUGUGUGUAGACUGUAG